UCCUCUCAGCUGCUGCCAUUUUUCUGCUACUGGCUAACUUGCUAAUCGAGAGCUCUCCAUCUUCAGGAGGAGGCAAAGAGGGCUGCCAACAACAAUAAGGGAAUUUGAAUCCGAGGCGAAACCUUUCCUGGAGGAUUGGGGGUUUCUCUAGUAAAGAAGACAGUCGUUAGAAAGGCGAUACGAUGUCUGAUUUUGACAGUAAUCCGUUUGCAGACCCGGAUUUCAGCAAUCCCUUCCAGGAUCCUUCGGUGACCCAGGUGACACGGUCUGCCCCUCCUGGUGGUCUGGAAGAAUAUAAUCCCUUCACAGACGCUAGAACGGCGGCACCUGGAAAUGCUCCCAAACCUACACCUGCCCCUUCCCAAAACACGCAACCUGCCAUCAUGAAGCCUACAGAAGAGCCUCCAGCUUAUUCACAACACCAGACUCAGCCGCAACAUAACGAGGACCAAGCUCGUGCUCAGGCUGAGUUGUUGAGAAGACAGGAGGAGCUGGAGAAGAAAGCUGCAGAACUUGAUCGUCGGGAAAGAGAGUUGCAGUCCCAUGGAGUUGCAGGAGGCCGAAAGAACAACUGGCCUCCACUACCAGAAAAGUUUCCUGUUGGUCCAUGUUUCUAUCAUGAUAUUGCUGUUGACAUUCCUAUAGAGUUCCAAAAGACCGUCAAGAUCAUGUACAACCUUUGGAUGUUUCAUGCAGGUACACUUUUUGUGAACAUGUUUGGCUGCCUGGCAUGGUUCAUUGUGGAUGCCAAUCGUGGUGUGGAUUUUGGCCUGUCCAUGCUCUGGUUUCUUCUCUUCACCCCUUGUUCUUUCAUCUGCUGGUACAGACCACUUUAUGGGGCCUUCAGGAGUGACAGUUCGUUCCGCUUCUUUGUCUUCUUCUUCAUCUACAUUUGUCAGUUUGGAGUCCAUGUUCUACAAUCUAUUGGCAUAACAGGCUGGGGAACAUGUGGCUGGAUUGCAGCGCUAACUGGUCUAAACACCAGCAUCCCAGUUGGCAUCAUCAUGUUACUGAUUGCAGCUCUCUUCACUGCGCUGUCCGUGGGCUCGCUCAUAAUGUUUAAAAAGGUUCAUGCACUGUAUCGAACCACUGGUGCCAGCUUUGAGAAGGCUCAACAGGAGUUUGCGACCGGCGUCAUGUCAAACAAGACCGUUCAGACUGCAGCUGCCAACGCUGCUGCUAAUGCUGCAACCAAUGCUGCUCGCGGGGCCUUCAAACCUCAUCCAUAAACAUGUUCCAGGCACAGAUGCUCACGAAUAUAACAAAACACACACAAAAACAACUACAUGGAGGCGCUGAACUCUGGUCCCGGUGCCUCUCAGAUUCAAUAGAGCAUAUUUAUGAAUGUUUCCCCUGCACAUUUAUCUUCUGAGGUGCGAAGCAAAAUAACAGACGAGUUACCAGAGUCGAUCAUCUUCACCUAAAACCUAACAUCAGUGAAGACACUAUGGAAUUCACCCUAUCAGGUCACUGUCCUGUCAUGUCAACAAAGCGAUUAAAGCUGGGCUUUAAAUGUGUGUAGUGAGCGAUCUGAUUCUGCACUGUUAUCCACUUUGGUUCUUUCCUCGUCCUUUUGUGCCCUUUGAGACGAUCCUAGAUGAGGCAGAUGACACAGACGCUCUAGCCCAAUUUGUUGUGGUGAUGACCUCCGAACAGCUACCCGCUGGAUCAAUUCAGUGUUAGAGUUAUGAGUUGUUAGAAUCUUUUUGCACACAGUUAAUUUCAUUUUC